AACCGAACCCGAAUGAGCAGCUCGAGUGUCCGUGUGCCCGGUGUGGACGGGACCGUGCACAGGACCGCCUCAGCUGUAGUCUGGGUUUGACAGUUCAGAACCCACAGGCGCGUUUUGGAGACACGCGCGCUCUCUGGGCGUGUCUUAUCUGAGCCGGAGUAAAUAGAGGCGGCGGGGUGUUGAGGAGGAGAUGGGGUGUUUGCGCGCUCGCACACCGCCUGCUCACUGAACAUCUGCGUUCCACCGCUAUCUCCGCCGCACCGUGCCGCCGGCAACUCUACUUCCCGUGCCGCGUCUGCCGCUGUCUCCUGCUGUCACUGCCGCUGUCUGCUGCCGCUCCACGAGGACUGCACGGCACGGAAGCUGUGUCCCUGCCCUAGUACAUCCACCUGACAGCAGCCUUUGGAGGGCCCUUGUGUCGCCCUGCUUGUCGGGCUUUGGACAUCCCACAUACAUGAAGACUAGUCUGCUGUUUCUGGGGGUUCUGCUGCUCCCUUCUGUCCGGGCAGUGUGUCCAGAUAAGCAACCUGGACUAAAAACAUGGCUACCCGGACACAGCGAGCACCAUCGUGUCACCAUCGGCCGUGGUCAGAAGGUCUUGCUCAGAGCUUCAGCCACAGUGCACUCCCUGGAGAUCCUGGCUGGAGGGAUGCUGGUGAUCGCGGACACUCACCGGCCCCUCCUGCUCAGGGCCAGGCACAUCUUGAUUGGGGACGGAGGGGAGAUGCACGUGGGCAGCCCUGACUGUCCUUACAGAGGCAACCUGACCAUCUCACUCUAUGGAAGAUCUGACGACCGGGACGUGGACCACAGUUACUUUGGUCAGAAGUACAUUGGUGUGGGGACAGGGGGCACUCUGGAGAUCCAUGGGGCCCCCAAACUCUCCUGGACAUUCCUCAACAAGACCCUGCUCCCAGGCCAGAGCAGCAACAACCAGAGCUACGAGUUCCAGAGGAGCUGGGGCCACCGUGGCAUCAUUGUGCACGUGCUGAGCCCCAAGACAGGACAGGUGCUGAGGGAUGACAGGUUUGACACGUACCGCAGUCAGAAUGAGAGCGUGCGUCUGGCUCACUUCCUGGACACAGUGGACCCGGGGCUCAUCGUGGUCAUGGUGGUCAACGACGAAGCCUCCAACAACCUGGAGGACACAGCCAAGAGCCGGGUGUCCCAGCUGGGCAGCAGACACAUCCGCACACUGGGGUUCAGACACCCCUGGACCCUGAUCGCAGUGAAGGGAGAGUCAUCGUCAGUGGUGGAGGACCACUCAGUCUAUCAGGGGACCAAGUCUUCAAGCGAGGCCCUCGUCUCCCGUACGUUCCACACCAGAGAGGGGCUGUCCUUCACUGUUACCGCCUCCAGUCAAUGGGUUCAAGAAACUGAGUGGACCGAGUGGCUGAGCAGAGAUGACCAGCGCGGCUCUGGAGACUGGGAAAAACUGGCUGACCUCCUCAAAUCCUUUCCCCAACAUCUCUGCCCAAACCCCCUGGACAUACAGGCUGAGACCAUAGAGGGGGUCCCAUCCAACCAGAGUGGAGACAUUAUCCACAAAAAGGACAAAGACUACGGCUUUGUGUGUCUGAACAAGGACCAGCCUCACGGGAUGUGCCAUGACUACCGCGUUCGCUUCCUCUGCCGCAAACUCGUGCGUCCUCAGGCUUACAUCUCCAUUGACUCCCAGUCCAACAGCAGUGUCCUGGACCUGGCCGACCCUCCUCAGGGCUGGGGCCCCGGGGACCGCAUCGUGGUGGCCAGUACAGACUACUCUAUGUACCAGGCUGAGGAGUUCACUGUGCUGCCCUGCCCCAGCUGCACUGCCAACCAGAUCAGAGUGGCAGGUACCGCGCAGUUCCUCCACACGGGUGAACUUGUGAAUGGGGUGGACAUGAGGGCGGAGGUAGGCCUGCUGACCAGAAACAUCCUGCUCCGAGGAGAGAUGCAGCCCCUGUGCUACGAGGAGAGCGCCUGCAAGUUCUUCAGCUUCGACACCUUCGGAGGACAUCUCAAGGUGGAGAGGGGUUUCCGGGCCGUGCACCUGUCCGGAGUGGAGCUCCAGCACAUGGGCCAGCAGACUAUGGGACAUUACCCCAUCCACUUCCACAUGAACGGGGAUGUGGAUGAGAAAGGAGGCUAUUAUCCCCCAACCUCUAUCCAACACGUGUCCAUGCACCAUUCCUUCUCCCGCUGCGUCACCAUCCACGGCACCAACGGUCUCCUGGUGAAGGAUGUGGUGGGCUAUGACAUUCUAGGACACUGCUUCUUCACGGAGGACGGCCCAGAGGAGAGGAACACGUUUGACCACUGCCUGGGCCUCAUGGUGCGGGCCGGGACACUGCUGCCCUCUGACCGUGACAGUAAAAUGUGCCGAGACAUCACCAAUGACUCCUUCCCCGGCUAUGUGGCCAACCCCCGCCAGGACUGCAGUGCCACCUCUACCUUCUGGAUUGCCAACCCCAACAACAACCUGGUCAACUGCUCCGCUGCAGGAUCUGAGGAAACUGGAUUCUGGUUCCUCUUCCAUCAUGUUCCCACAGGCCCCUCUGAAGGCAUGUACUCACCUGGGCGCACAGAGCUCACCCCAAUGGGCCUGUUCAUCAACAACCGGGCACACUCCAACUACCGGGCCGGGAUGAUCCUGGACAAUGGAGUCAAGACCACUAAAGCCAACGACAAGGACAAGCGCCCCUACCUGUCUGUGGUGGCGUCCAGAUAUAGGCCUCAUCAGGAUGCAGACCCCUUCAAACCUCGGGUUCCUGCUCGGAUCCACCGCUUCAUCGCCUACAAGAACAUGGACCAGGGGGCGUGGCUGAGAGGAGGAGAUGUGUGGUUGGAUGACUGCCAAUUUGCUGAUAACGCCAUCAGCCUGACUCUGGCCAGCGGAGGCACAUUCCCGGACGAUGACGGCUCCCACCAGCAAGUGGUGAACUCUCUGUUUGUGGGUGAGAGUGACAACAGAGGAAGCUUCCAGCCUGGCAGUGUGUGGGGCCCAGGGGGUAUAGACCUCAAGAGCCGCACUCUGCCCCGCGGCAUAGACUUCCCAUUGCGGGGCAUGCAGGUAUAUGACGGGCCAGUCCGUGUCCAUAACUGCACCUUUCGUAAGUUCAUUGCUCUGGACGGACGCCACACCAGUGCCCUCGGCUUCAGGAUGAACAACUCAUGGCAGAGCUGCCCCAACAACAACGUGUCCCAGCUCACCUUUGACCAGGUCCCGCUGUCCUCACGGCUUUUCUUCGGGGAGGUGGGCCCCUGGUUCAGUCUCAUGCAGAGGGAUGGGGACAAGACCACUGUCCUCCACGACACGGACGGAUCCUUGAGCCAGUACCCCGGAGUGUACCUGGUUAAAGAGGACAACUGGCUCCUGCGCCACCCCGACUGCAUCGACGUGCCUGAUUGGAAAGGGGCCAUCUGCAGCGGCCACUACGCACAGAUCUACAUCCAGAUCCGACACCCGGCCAGCCUGAUGAUGCAGAUGGUGAGGGACGAAUACCCGGACCGGCCCUUGACUCUAGAGGGUGCUGUAGCCAAGAAGAAGCACUAUCAGCAGUUCCAGCCUGUGGUGACUCUGUACAAGGGCUACACAGUGCACUGGGACCAGGCCGCACCCCAAGAACUCAUCAUCUGGGUCAUCAACUUCAACAAAGAUGACUGGAUCAAUGUGGGCCUGUGCUACCCCCCCGGCACCACCUUUACCAUUCUCUCCGACCUGCAUGACCGCAACACCAAAGUCACCCGCAAGACCGCCACCUACACCCCCAUCAGCAACAGGGACAAGCUGCAGCACCCACACCCGACCAGGGGCUACUACUACUGGGAGGAGCACACCGGACUGCUCUUCUUGCGGGUUCUAGCCCAUUACCACAGGGAGGGCUUCUCCUUCUGCUCGCUCAAAGGUUGUGAACGCAUAAAGAUCACCGCUGUCAUCCCCAAAAACAGCCCCCCCAGUAACUGCAUGUCCCAGGCCUACCCCCAUCACACAGAGAUCCCCAUGGUGGAAGUGCCCAUGCCCCACAAGCUGCCCGACAACAAAGUGCCCUCGUCUGACCACUUCCUGGAGGUGCGAUUAGAGUCCUACAACACACGCUUCUUCCACAUCAAGGACGAUUUCGCCUUCACUGAGGUGAAUGGUAAGAAGUGGUACCAGGCGGAGGAUGGCGUGCAGGUGACGGUGGUGGGCGGCCAUGAUGGGAAGGUGGUGGAGAGCACAGGGUUCAAGACGUCUAUUCUCCAGGGCAUCCCUACUCAGAUCCACAACUACAUCAGCCAGCUCCCAGACAGCUCGAUCAUCCUGAUGACCUCUAAGGGCCGCUUAGGAACCAGGAGCCCCUGGAUGAAGGUUCUGCACAUCCUGGGGGCCGACCCUUCCAUCAAACUCCGAGAGAAGUUCACCUUCAUCGGCUUUAAGGGCUCCUUUGUCCCACACUGGGUCCAUCUGGAGACAGACUCUGAGCGGGCCAAGAUCCACCAGGUCCUGCCUGUCCCUGUCUUCCACAUGAACAAGCUGAACAUUUAAGCUCCAGACUAGAGGCUCCUCAGACUGAAGCUAACUGGACACAACUGGUGUAAAAAUUCAUGUACAAGUACAGGUACAAGUAUAGGUACAAGUACAAGUACAUGUGGAUGCAGCAGAGCACUGGAGCUCCUCUGAACCAGAGCCUCAUGACCAUGUGUACAUAAUGUGUACAUAGUGUGUACAUACUGCACUUUGGGCUGUCUGUGAGGAGCAGCGCUGGCACCAGACUGUUGCAUACAGACAGCUACCCCGCUCCUCCUGACUCUGUCUCUUCAGGAGCAGUGGGGCUGUCCUUGUACAUAGGCUGUGAACACUGUCUCACAUUUCCCUUUAUUCCCCAAAUGAAGAAUGCAAUGUCCUGUCUGAGUGUCCUGUUCUGUCCGAAUGUCCCAUGAGUGAGGAACAACAAGAAUAUAUUGACUAAGAUGUGUAUUUUGCACUCAGUGGUCCACACACUUUAGGGGUUUCUAUGGCAACAUCCUGAGUACAUGACACUUUAUGCAAAUCUCCGCAUCUAAUAUAAAAGAAGCUAGCACUUUUUUAAACUUUUUGACCAGUCCAAAAUGUGUUUCCUGUGAUUCUUGAUUCAAUAAGCACAAAAAGAAAAGAAUCCUGAAAAGUGUUUGUUUAGGUAUGUAGUUAGUGUAUGUGUAGAAAAGAAAAAACAGAUGCACACCACAGUUCUUUGGAGCUGCCAAUUAGGUACGUGAGACAUGUCUCUCAGGUGUCCCUGCACAGGGACAGCCCUGUCCUAGGACACUUGUCUGUGUGUCAGAAAUCUCCCAACAUUCAACAUUGUCAUAGAAGUUUGGAGUGUGUAGAGAGAUUUGUUUAUUUGAAAAAUUCUAAAUCAUUCCAUUCUGAAAGCAUGUCCUCCGGGCCACAGCCGAAAUAGCUGGUCUUUUUUCGGAGGGGAAGUCGUAUGUUUUAGAGUAGCACAAAUUUAUUUUGUUUUUCUAAUUUAUUGUAAACCUUGGCCCUGGUGUAAAUGUGUGCUAUGUGCUGCUUUGCUCUUGGUUACUGUUAUAUAAGAGAAUCAACUUGUUAAACCAUUCU